UUGGCAAGAUUGAAAAAAAAGAAGAAUUUGUAGUACGUGUUUUUUCUCGAAGUGCGCGAACGAUUUCAUCGCCGUGCUGACUGGAUCGGAGGAGUGUUUUGAUGUGUGGAAGGAUUCGGUGCAGUUGGGAGAGUACGGGUGUUGUGCAUUUCGUGUCGACGGCGGAGUGGUAUGAAGUGGCAGCGCCGGUUUAGAACGGUGAGCGCAUUUGGGAGGGACGGCCUGUGAGUGAAUGCACGUGCAGGAGCUCGGAUCUGUGCUGAUACGGUUGAAACUGGUGAGCUUCGAAGAAGUCUUACUAUCUGCGUGGAGAGAAAUGAAGUUGUGACUUUGAAUGGUUUUGCAUCGUUCGGAGGAAAUACCCCGCACAUUCUCGUGUGAUCUGACAGCUGAGAAGGAAAGGAAUAUGAAGAAAGAAAAUGAAUGCGUCAAGGAAUGUGGUUGCGUGCGACUAGUGUCCGUUCAAGCUGACUAGGUGCCACUUAGGAAACUUACUGCGCUUCCACUACUUUCAGGAACGGUUUUCCUGCGAGGAUCUCUGAGCUGAUACUCUGAGAAAGGGAAAAAAAAAACGUGCACAAUGUGGAUGAUGGUAUUACGAGGAACAAUUAUCUAUAUUUGUCGAGCCCAUAACGAUUUUUAUCGCGAGUGAACAGUAAUGCCGUCGUAGGAUGUGUUGUGUCCGCACAACUGGAAACGUCGAAUUUCCGUGAUAUCAUUUCGUACACUGUUCAUCGCCUCCUAUGGGACAGCCCCACAAAGUGGCAGCUAAAACAUCGGGCAAUUAUCCUUGGCCAACUCUUUGCACAACUUCUUCCACGAGGAGUUCUUGAUGCUCGGUUCGACCCGUAGCACUCAUUGAAACCAUGCAGGGAAAAGCAUCGUCUCUCUUCACCGGCACUGCAGCUGUGUUCAUUUUGGUGGUCUCCUUCUCCACUGGAGAACCGCAACGGACGACCACGGCUUCGUCUUCGUCGUGGCGUCCGAGUCCCCGUGUCGUGCGGACAAAAUACGGCCAGCUCCGAGGACGCGUGGUGAGCCCGGCGUCGAGGUUUGGGACCCAGCUUCAACCCGUGGAGGUGUUCCUCGGAGUGCCCUACGUGAGCCCCCCACUGGGUACGCUCAGGUUCAUGCCGCCGGUGAACUCUCCGCACUGGGACGACGUGCGUGACGCGGGUACGCACGGCCCUUCGUGUCCGCAGAGGGUACCGGAAUUCCUCAAGAACGAAACGGUUGCCGCACUUAUGCAGAUGCCGACCGCGCGAAUGGAGAGGUUACGGCGUCUUGCGGCGGCGGCCUCAGCUAACCAGAGCGAGGACUGUCUUCAUCUGAACAUCUAUACACCUGUGUCAGUGGCACGCGACCCGGCGAAACUACCAGUGAUAAUGUUCAUCCACGGCGAGUCGUACGAAUGGAAUUCGGGCAACUCCUACGACGGAUCCGUGCUGGCCAGUUACGGCAAUGUGCUCGUCGUCACCAUUAACUACAGGCUCGGCAUUCUGGGCUUCCUACCAGCUAUGGACGGGGCAUCGCGGGCUAACAAUGGGCUGUUGGAUCAAAUAGCGGCGCUGCAUUGGAUUCAAGAAAACAUCGACGUCUUCGGAGGCGAUCCACGCAAUGUCACCAUCUUGGGUCACGGCCACGGCGGAGCAUGUGUCAAUUUCCUCAUGAUGUCGCCCAUGGCACGAGGCAUAGGUCUCUUCCGAAGAGCAAUCAUGAUGUCUGGAUCAGCACUGACUCCCUGGGCCGUGGCGCGAGAUUCGGUGAACUACACCAAACAAAUCGGACAGGCUUUGGGAUGCCCAGUGACUGAAGCUGGCGCGCUGGGUGACUGUCUCAGGCACCGGCCAGUACAAGACCUCAUGGACGUGUCCCUCAGCGUUCCAGACCAUCUCAGCGCGUUUGGUCCCACCAUUGAUGGAACGGUCGUCCCACGGGAGCCACGAGACGAAAUGGCCAUGUCAGGCAGCUCGUAUGCGGACUAUGACCUGCUCUUUGGUGUCGUGCGGUUCGAGUCCUACUACAUGUUCAGUGCUCACGAAGAAAAACACGGCUUUGAGGUUGACCGACGAGACCGAAUUUUGCGCACUCUGGUACGCAACCUCUACUCCUACCACCAGCAGGAAAUCUUCUUGACCAUAGUGAACGAAUACACGGACUGGACCCGCUCCGUUCAGCACCCCGUCAGCAUCCUGGAAGAAACAGCCGAGGCCCUGAGCGACGCCCUGGUCGUGGCCCCGGUCGUGGAAGCCGGGACGCUGCACGCUGCCGCGGCUGCAAGGCGUGGAGAGACUCCGAAAAGCACAUCGCACCUCUAUCUAUUCGGCUAUCACUCCGAGGAAUCACCGUUCUCGCAAAAGGGUGGAUGCAUGCACGGAGAAGACCUGCCCUACGCGCUCGGUGUUCCGCUGCUGGGGCACGGCGGUCCCUUCUAUGGCAACUAUUCCAGACAGGAGGCAGCGUUGUCGGAAACGACGAUGGCGUACUGGGUGCGCUUUGCGAAAACUGGGUCUCCAAACAUCACUACAUCUGAUACAGAUUCGGAGCGAGCAAAGGGUAGGGUUGAGAAAAUUGGUUGGCCUUCCUACGACCCUGUACAUCAGAAGUACAUCACCAUAGGAACAAAACCAAAGAUCCGCGACCACUACCACGUCCACAAACUUUCCUUGUGGACCCAGCUGAUUCCUAAGCUCCAUCGACGAGGCGGUAUCGACGUGCCCCGUUCCCACCACCUCCUGGAAGACUUCGACGACCCGGCCUCCUACGACGGCAUCGUCCGAGACGUCCCCGACCUCCCUUUCGUCCCGUCUCCCUCUCCAACCCCGCCGCUUCCCCACUCGACUGUCGACUCCGGGGGAGGCCACGGUCCGCUGACAACGAGCAGUGCUGGGGCGGGACGGUCGAGAAACCAGGACUCCAAUGGACGCGUGACGACCCCUGGCGAUCCUAGCCAGACGGACUCGCAAGCUAUGGCCAUGCCACAAGGGACGUACUCAACGGCGCUUGGUAUUACCAUUGCUGUGGGUUGCUCGUUGCUCGUCCUCAACAUCCUCAUCUUCGCUGGAGUCUGCUACCAGAGGGAUAAAGGGAGGGAUCGGGACCGCAACAAGAAGAGGCCUUUUGAGCCUCCUCCACUGAACGAUGACAGCGUGUCCCCCCACCAAACGCCUCAGACGCCAUCUAUCCUGACGGGUGGCACCUUGAAACGACCCCCACCGUCUUCCCCCUGCGCUCAUCUGGGCGGCUGUGGACACGACUUCCAACCGCCCACCAUCCUUGGUGGGGGAGGAGGAGGCCUCAACUGCCUACCUGUGGCGCCACCUAAGGUUCCUCCGAAGCCGAAUGCUCUGCUUCAGCUGGACCUUCCCGAAGCUCAACCGUUGUUGCCGUUGGGUGCUGCACCGGUAGGGGCGAGAAUGGUGCCCUCUACGGUGCAGCAGCAACACCAGCAGAUGCAUAACACAGGAGGGGGAGGCACACUCAUGAGGCCACAGCACAACAACUCCCAGGAGCUGUGCGUGUGAUGUCUUCCGGGAACGGCGUGAAGAAACGACCGUCUAGCAACCGUGAUCCACUUCCUUUCCACGUAGCUGCAGAUUCGUAGCCGUGCCAAAGGCGGCCACUCUGCGGCGCCACCACUACGAAGCAGAGAAGCCGAAAGUGAGCCAAGCCAAGCCGGCGAGCGAGCCACAGCUGCACAUCACGUGGAAGGAAGGGUCAUGAACGCUGAACAAGGAGGAUGAUCAGCGGUCUCGUUUUUGUACGCGGUUUUCAUACAUCCGCCUCUCUCUCUCUCUCCGGGACAGAGCUCCUUGAACCGUGCUUGUGCUCGGAAGUGCGUGAGUGAGCGUGGCUAAUGGACAGAGACCGACGGAAGAGAGUGUACAGGAAAAGUACAUACAUUCAAUACAUAUUACACCCUCAUAUACGUGUACAGCUGCACAAGCGGGUACCUCAUCAUCAUCACCAUCAUCACUCACUCACUGCUGGACCUCUGUUCUCACGAAAAAGUGUGUGUGUGUGUGUGUGUGUGUUUUAUUUCCUAAACGCCAACGACCCGUCAAGCGACGACUGUUUUGUGGGCUUGGUCGUGAACAUGUUGUUUUUCUAAAUGUGUGGUUAGUGCCUUUUCCGUUGUAGGUGGAGACAAUACAGUGAACACAUAAAUGAUGCGUUGAGACUUUUCUGCGAGAGGAAAGAAUAGCGUACUGUCACAUGGCCGAAGAAUGUGUUUCUGGUGUGCUGGUGCGCGCAUGGCUGCUUGUCAAAGGGAGUCGUGUUUGAUAAAGUUUGGAUAUAGUAGUUUGCAAAGACUGAACUGAUAAGGAGUUAUGAAAGCUUACAACCUGUGAGUGUUGGUACAGACCACCUCGUAAACGGUCAUUCUAAUUCACGAACGCAUUCAACUUUUGAAAAUCUCACUCCAAAACGGAAAUUCCAAUAGUAACGAAAAGAGAAGGAAAUAUAACAUGUUGGACAUGACCACAUAUAGAAGAUAAUGAUAAUUAAUGAUAUAACGACAAUUAUAUGAUAAUGAUGAUAAUGACUGGCUUUGGGUCGUGAGACAACUGCACACCAAAAUGAUCAUAACUGUAUCUCCUCCUGCUGUAUUCCGGGUGGCUUUAAAGCUGGCCUAGCAUACCACGUGAUGGAACGUUCAUUUUCAGGACUCUCGACGUUUACCUGGAAUGAGUAGGAAAGUAUGUUUUCGUUCAUUUCCUUGCAAAUUAAGCUACAUCUGGUGAAAAAGCAAACAGCCACGCGAAUUACAGUAUCCCAUCCAAGUUUACGUGCCUUGCUUUAUUUGACCCCCUCCGCUACAAAUGUGCAGAGGUUAAUUAGAAGAGUUCAACUGAGGUACUAUGGCAGCUUUAGUUUUUCGACACGAGCGACUAUGGUAGUGAAUGCUUACACGCAAAGAGGAACACGAACUUGAAUUAAAAGGCCCUCUUCCAAAUAGGUAUGUGAAGAAACGUUUCGAGUACAAUAUCUGGAAAGCGUUGGUAACCUUUCCACAAAAGUAAAGGCUCCUGGAGUUCAAGUAACCGGCAGCUGAAACGCGUGUUCAGCGGGGUUGUCCUAAAAUACCUGUCAUGUCUGAAGUUGAAAUAAACGCAUCUUGUGCA